AUGGACGUCAGGCAGCACCCAGCGCGCUCCUAUCCCCCGCCGUUGCCCUCGCCACCGGAAAGUGACAGCGAGGAGGAUGAGGACGAGUCGGACGAAUCGGACGAGGACGAGCGAGGUGGCCAAGCAGUGGUGGUGGUUAACUUGCCACCACCACCGCCGCCGCCCGCACCGAUCGCGCGCGUUGCCGAGGCGGAGAAAAGUGACCAACAGCCGAGGCAGCUCGAAGAAGCUGGCAGAGCAGGCGGUGACCAGCAGCAGCAGCAGCAACAGCAGCAACCGGUAGCAGCAGGUGAUGAGCAGCGGCCCCAGCGGUUGCAGGAGCAAAUUCCGACGAUCGGCGAUCGGUACGUGGUCCACGGGAAGAUCGAUCGUGGCACCUUCAGCACGGUCUCGUUGGCCACGCGGCGCGAAGAGGCGCAUCUCGAUCGCGAGAAGCGCCGCAUGUACGCGAUCAAGCUGAUCACCGAAACGAGCCAUCCGACGCGUAUCGAGCGCGAACUGCGCUGCAUGAUGCAGCUCGGCGGCCGCUGCAACGUGGUCGGCAUCGUGGAUGCGUUUCGCCACCAGGGCUCGGUGGCACUCGUCAUGAAGUACAUUCCGCACGAACCGUUCCAGCAGUACUUUGCCGAGCUGACGCCGGCCGAAGUGCAGCGUUACAUGCAGAAUCUGCUGAUACCGCUGCGGCGCGUCCACCAGUACGGCGUGAUCCAUCGGGACGUAAAGCCGAGCAACUUUCUGCACGCCCGCCGCCACGGUGGCUACAUGUUGGUCGACUUUGGGCUCGCCCAGGAAACGACCUGCGGCGAGUUUACGUUACGCGGUGGCCCGGUGAAGCAGCAGGAAGCAGGCGCCGCCGCCGCCACUGGCCCGUCGGGCGGAGUAGCAAAGACUGACAAGCGGAAGGUUUCGAUCGGGGACGAUGGAUCGGAUCGGAGCGGGGCGCUUGUUGCAGCGCGCGAAGAUGCCCUUCCCGCGCAGCAGCAGCAGCAGCAGCAACAAGUCUCCAAGCGGCACAAAACUAACGGAAGCAGCAGCACGGAGAACAACACCCCGGACGAGCUCGCCCGGAGGAUGGGGGCCAACAGCUUAUCGGUUCCGCAAGCGGCGCCGGUGCCGCCCCUUCAACAACGCGCUCGCCCCUGUUCGCCCCUGAAACUGUCCAACAGCGUGGCAAAGGAUGGGCUGUCCGCUUUGGCGCGCCAAAUUAAAUCUACCGUCGCGGGCAUCAGCCAGGGUUUGAAGCAGUACCAGGAGAGCCGACGCCCGGCCGUUCCGGCGCCAGCGGCGGCCCCACCGGCUCCAGCACCCGUGGCCGCACGUGCGGCCAAUGCACCACCGGGGGCGGCGGCCGCUCGGUGUGAGUGCUGCGGUCGCCCACGGGUGUGCAACGCGUGUUUGGUGAAGCGCGAGCUGUUCGCACCACGGGCCGGCACACCGGGCUACCGGCCACCGGAGGUGCUGCUGAAGUAUCCGGACCAAACGACGGCCGUCGAUAUCUGGGCGGUGGGUGUGAUCUUCCUGAGCAUCCUCUCGGCCUGCUACCCAUUCUUUGGCAACACGGACGAUCUGACGUCGCUGGCGCAGAUUGUGUGCGUGUUCGGGUACGAUCGGAUCGGCGAAACGGCGCGCCUACUCGAUCGCAAGAUGCUGGUCGAUGAGCACACGAUGCAGAAGAAACCGCUGAACUUGCGCAAGGUUUGCCGACACUUUCGGGCGCUUCAUCGGCGCCGCCUGGAGGGUGGCGGCAUUCCGCCUCCCGAUCCGGAUCGUCCCGGUGGCGACAAUACGCCCGUUGGGGAACCGGAUGAGGCGACCACUUGCGCCAACUGUGAGCUGUUGUUUGAGGAGUGCGUCUGCGAGACACCAGCCGCCCCGGCGGGCGGAGAGCAAGAGCAGCAGCGUGUUGACGGCGACGACUUCGGCGAGGCGGCCUACGAUCUGCUCGCGCGCCUGCUCGAGAUCAACCCCCACAAACGCAUCACCGCCGCCGAAGCCUUGGAGCACCCGUUCUUCCAGGUGAAAUACUAAGCGACACCGGGACCGUGAGAACAGCCAGUCAGUCAGCCAGCCAGUCAGCGCACCGUAACGCCAGUGGGGCAACAACGGCAACAGUGAGAUAAUGUGGUGAGAAUGUGUAAAGUCCAAGAAGGAGGUUGCUGUCGGGGGAGAUCAACCCCCAGAGAGUCCACUAAGAGAGAGAGCCAGUAAACAGCGGAAAGGUGACGCGAAAGGAGCGCAUCCGUGAUUAGAGAUUAUAUGUAUUUUUUAAGUUACCACCGAAUAGAUAUCUAUCGACGAAGGCCACGAUAAAAGGGUGUUUCCGACACCGCUUUGCUGCCCACAUACCUGUACGCGUUCCACCAGUCAGUCGGCCACCAGCGACACGACGACCACCAACCACCAUUGAUUGCCAAUUGCACGCAGAUACACGCACACGACGCACCCGGUCUCCACCCGCGCGCACGCCAUCCUUUCGGUCACAGCCCUCUGUCGGACACCCGCGGAUGUUAGUAGCAACCUUGGAAGUAGUAGAAGUAGUAGAAGCUACGCAAAGCCUCGAUCGUCGGGCGCGCCGCGCACACUCAUCAAACACGUGUGGUCGUCUCCUCUUACACAAAUCAAUCUUCCUUUUGCCAUUUGAUCAAUGUGGAGGUGCUCCGCGUUGAAAGUUUGUUGAAAUUUUGUUUUCUUUUGUUUACUCUUGUUUUUUAAUUUUGUUCUAUAUAUUAUAAAGUAUUUAUACAUAAUUUUAAUCGAACCGGAAACAUUCACCGCCCUUAAAUCACGACCGCGUGUGUGGGGGGGUCAUUAGGGCCAGGAUUGUGGGGGAGCAAAAUAUGCAUGUGUGUGUGUGUGUGUGAUUGUGUGUUUUUAUGUUCGGAUUGGCAUUUUUGUUUGUUUUCCGUGGGCGCACGCCAGGGUGCGAAUUAUUUAUUCCUUUAUCUAUUUUCCAAAAAAAACCUUCAAGCGCGUUUCGCGUGUGCCGCGCCGCGCUUGCCAGAAGAGGGAUUUGAGGAUGAUACUUUAAAAAGGGCACCACAGGGAGGCAUGUAGCUUGUGUUUUAAAAUCCCCCAACAAAUUAUUUAUUCUAAUUAUUGUCAACUAAGCACGAAUAAGAGAGAGAGAGAGAGAGAGAGAGUAGGAGUGUGUGUCCUGUGUGCGAACGUUUCAUUUGCGAUCAUCGAUCACCGAUCGUGUUGUGCAGGCAGGUGGAAACAUUAGGAAUGCAAGUGGUACGUGUUCUACAAGGUGCCUAAUCGGAGGCGACUAUCCAAUAGAGCAGAGCACACAAGGGUCGGAGAUAGAAAGAGGGAGGGAGAGAGAGAGAGCCAGAACGCACCACAACACGCACAACUAGCAAAGGGAGUGGACAAUGGCACAGCCAAAACAAUCUCACUGGCAUUAGAAGAAGCUCUGUGCCCACCAGAACAACAAAAGGAAGUACAACAUUAAACCAAUGGGGAAACGAGAGGCAACAGAAGCCGAAGUAGCAAAUGGGGAACCCGGGGACAGGGUAUGCAUCAUCAUCAUCAUUGUAGAACUGACUGUGGCUAGAAUGAGUAGUAUCUGUGUAUCGAGCAUUAUAUCUAUUUCUAUAUUAUAUUAUACAUAUAUUUAUAUAUAUUUGUAUAUGUUGCCGCGGCACGCGAUCGCCGUUUACCGCCCGCGCGCGUCUGUCGUGCAAGUGAUCGUGGGGGGCAUUUUCUCAAAAUGGCCCCAAGCAUACUAAUGCAAGAGUAUCUGUCCAAACUGUUGCGGUGCGGUGAGAUGAGAUAGGCCGCAAAGCUCGUAUUCAUUUUAAUUCCAUCGCCCAUUCGCCGCCGCCAACGUUCCCGCAAUGGGGCGGUUGCCCGCGGAGAAGGCAAACACCGCAAGUAUAAUUGUUGUGUAUUUUUCAUUUUAACUUUCUAUCGCGAGUGAUCUCAUCGGUUGUGCUGAUAAUAACGGGCUGAUCAAAAAUUCCAUCAACGGUAGACAAAAACGGGCCCCGAAGCGAAGCUCUUGCGAAACACGAGUGCGCAAAGCAUGUACGAAGCAGAUGUGAAAACAAAAUCAGAAAAGUCCACACAAAAAAAAAACAAACAAACAAACAAACUAAUCAUAUAACAUAUAAUUGGGAAAAAGAAACAUUGAAAGGGACACGGUGCAAACGAAACAAAAAAGCAAAACAAAUAUGUAAUAGAUGUAAUAGCAUAAUCUAACACGAAAAACGAAACCAACGGGCACGAAAUAUGCCGUUCCGGGGCGCGCGCACGCUCCUCCGGUGUUCCGGUGGCGCCCCGAAUGCGAGGCAAGCAAUCUUCACAUCCGGCCUCGUGCGCGUGUGUAGCACCGGAAACGUAAACGCACCCGCGUGUUGUGUGUCCUUUUUUUCUAUAAACGUGUAACUAAAGGCUCGACGCAACUGGCGACAAAUUCCGUGUCUGGAUUUUAACGUAAUACCCCCGAAACUGCAAAAAAAACAAUAAAAAACUCGAACUGUAGGUAAA